AUGGACGAAAUAGGGAUGCAACUAGAGCAUAAAGCAAGACAUGUUGUUGCCAGGAAAGGCUCAAAAUACAUCCAGAGUCGAACAAGUGGUAACAAAAAGAUAAUUACUGUCAUAUGUUGCUUAAAUGCUGCUGGUCAAGUAAUACCACCUCAUAUAAUAGGGAAAGGAAAAACUGUACGUACCCUUUAUGGUUUUGAUACAGAAAAUGCUCCAAGUGGAGCAACAUGGAGUGUGUCUGAAAAGGGCUGGACAAAACGAGGUAUUGCGGAGUUAUGGUUUGAGAAAACAUUUCUUCCAAAUAUUGGCUCAGCAAGACCACAGAUUCUAAUCCUAGAUGGACAUGACUCACACAACUUUGUUGAAAUGAUUGAGCUGGCUAUUGUAAACCAAAUUGAAAUUGUUGAGCUUCCAGCUCACACCAGCAACUGGUUGCAGCCUUGUGACAGAACAGUUUUUAAGCCACUAAAAACUGCUUAUUCUGAGGUCUGCCAAACAAUGAUGAACGACUACCCAGGUAUAGUAGUCUUGCAUUCUAACUUUUGUGGUUUAUUUUCAAAAGCAUGGAAAUAUGCAAUGACUGAUGCAAAUAUACGCUCUGGAUUUUGA